CAGCAAUGUGUUGAUGUGCAGCCAGCCGAAGCUUCAGUGUCACGUUUUGGGCUGACUGGGUUCUGGCGCCGUGUAAAGACAUGAAACCAACAGACGCUUGAACCACAAACACACUGAUCUUUUCCUGCUGCACAUCUCCCCCCGCGGACAGAGGUGUUCCCCUCGGACCGGCCCGCAGAUGGACAUGGAGGACCUGAGCGACUACAGCAUUUACAGCCAGCUGACAGAUGAGGAGCUGCUGCAGCUUGCUGUGGAGAGAAGCCUGUCAGACCAUCAGAUGAUAUCAUCAUCUUCAGACCCCCCCCACAGACCCGACCCCCCCACGCCUCCAGACAACCCAAACUGCGACCCGUUUAACGACCUCUACAAAGCCCUCCGCAGAGGAGAGGAGCUGAGUCCUGUGCAGGCCGUGAUUAUGGACGGAGAUGCGGCUGCUCUGACGGAUUUGGUGGGCCGGCGCUGCAGCAGUCUGAUGGAGCCCAACGAUGAAGGCUGGAUCGCUCUGCAUGAAGCCGCUUAUUACGGACAGCUGCACUGCGUCGCCAUCCUCAUCAAAGCUUAUCCCGACUCGGUGAACUCAUGGAGUUUGAUGAAUCAGACCGCUCUGCUGCUGGCUGCGGGUCAAGGAAACAUUUCCUGUGUUGACUUCCUGCUGAGGCACGGAGCCGACCCAAACAUCGCCAACAAGGACCGAGAGACGCCGCUGCUGACAGCAUGUGAGAAGCCGAACGAAGCCAUCGUGGAGCUGCUGUUGAAGUUCGGUGCUCAGGUGAAUCGCUGCAGCGUUCAGGGAGAAACUUGUCUUCACGUCGCAUGCAGACACGGACAACUGAACCUCUGCAGGACGUUACUGGAGGCCGGAGCCGAACUGAACCGCAAGAACAUCUACGGCCUGCAGCCCAUCUUCACCGCCGCGCAGCAUGGACACGCCGACAUCAUCAACCUGCUCGCCAGCAAAGGUGCAGAUAUAAAUGGACAGGCACCAGACGGAGCCUCGCCGCUGUUUGAAGCCUGUAAGAACGGUCAUGUUUUGGCGGUGGAGGCUCUGUUGUCUCUGAAAGCGGACGCUAACCGAUCCAUGAAGUCUGGCCUGCUGCCUCUUCAUGCAGCUGUUCAGAACAACCACUCACGAAUCGUGUCGCUGCUGAUCCCGCUGACCAGCAUGGUGCGAGUGCGGCGCUGUGGCAUCAGCCCGCUGCAUGUCGCCGCGGAGCACAACCGUGAUGACAUCAUGGCGCUGCUGAUCCAGUCCGGCUUCGACGUGAACAGCCGGCUGUCGUGCGACCGCUCGGCGAUGUUCGAGGACCGCCGCAGCACGGCGCUCUACUUCUCCGUGAUCAACGGGAACCUGGACGCCGCGGAGAUGCUGCUGGUGGCCGGCGCCGACCCCGACCUGGACGUCUUCAACCCGCUGCUCAUCGCCGUGCGGCUCUGCUGGAUGGAGAUGGCGGCGCUGCUGCUGCACUACGGUGCCAACGCCAACGCUCAGAUCGCCACGGAGCCGUGCUCCUUCCCGGCGGCCAUCUUGCUCCGGAUGGAGUCUCUGCCGAUGCUCAAGCUGCUGCUCGACCACGGCUGCGACGCGGCGCCGUGCUUCGACUGUCCGUACGGUGGGAAAACCCACCCGCCCGUCACGCCGGCACGCCGGCCCAUCGAGGAGAUGCGUGGCAGCAGAGCCGCUCCGCCGCAGCGCUGCGUUCAGUUCUGUGAGGUGGUAUCCGGUUGCCGUGGCGCUGGGCCAAUCAUCUCGCUGCUGCUGGACUACGUCGGCCACGUCCGUCUCUGCUCGCGGCUGCUCGACGUCCUGGACAGCCGCAGCGACUGGAAGCCCAUCAAACUCAAAGCUCUUCCUCCUCAUCCUCUGAUGCAGCUCUGCAGGCUGAAGAUCAGACAUCAAGUCGGAGUUCGAAAACUCAAACUGCUCCACACUCUGCCACUUCCUGUCACUCUGGUCCGCUUCCUGCACUACGACGUCCACUGCUCACUCUCCUAAACUCUCCCGAACUCUCCCGAACUCUCCUAAACUCUCCUAAACUCUCCCGAACUCUCCCGAACUCUCCCGAACUCUCCCGAACUCUCCCGAACUCUCCCGAACUCUCCUAAACUCUCCUAAACUCUCCUAAACUCUCCUAAACUCUCCUAAACUCUCCUAAACUCUCACAAACUCUCCUAAAUACCGGACUGCUGUUGCUAAUGGCUAACGUAGACAUUUUCCCAAUAAAUAUUUAUUUGUUUAUUCAA